AUGGCUUCUUAUAUCGUCAUGUUUGUUGCCAUAACCUUCAUGAUUGUUCUCCCUUUAAUCUUCGCUGGAUGCAAACAACAGAAGGCCGAGGCUCAGCCAGGGCAGAACGUAGUUUACUAUGGCAACCAGGCUGAGCAUCGUGGGCUUGGCAGCGGCAAUGGAAGACGUGAUAUUGAGUCAGGGCUGGACGCCGUUGCUGGAAUUGGUCGUGCUAUUGAUGAUGCCACUUCUAAUCAUGACUGUGGUGGUGGUGGCGGCGGCUGUCUAUGUGGCGGAGGAGGAGACUGUGAUGGCGGUGGGGGAGGAUGUGGCGGAGGUGAUUGA